CCCUACUUGAUGACAGACCACGUAUUAGGAUGGCUUCAGGAAAACAGUGUUACCGGGUACAAUUCGAUCAGAGUGACAGCGAGAGUGAUGACGGUGAAGAUGUCAGGAUGGAGAAUAAGAAGAGGGAGGACUACAUUGAGUGGGAGACGUACUUCAUGGCCAUAGCACUGGUCUGUGCAAAGAGAAGCAAAGACCCCAAAACACAGGUUGGAGCGUGUAUUGUGAACAAAGAUAAACGGCUCGUUGGCACUGGUUACAACGGAAUGCCCGAUCGCUGCAGUGACGACAUGUUACCGUGGGGCAAGGGAGAAGGUUUACACCGGGAUAAACAUCUUUAUGUCUGCCAUGCUGAGAUGAACGCCAUACUGAACAGGUUCUCUGCUGACUUGAAAGGCUGCACGAUUUACGUGACCUUGUUCCCCUGCAACAACUGCACCCAGAUGAUCAUCCAGUCAGGAAUCCGAGAAGUGGUCUUUUUGUCAGAUGAGAAAAAGAACAAGGUCGAAGUGAAAGCUUCAAAGAAACUUCUCAAAAUGGCUAAAGUAGACUACAGACCAUAUUGUGGAAGCUUGGACACAAUCGCGAUAAAGUUUCACGCAGAUGCGGACGUCGAUCAGUUGGCCUCCAGGAGUUGAAAAAAAAGAGAAGAGUUGAAGGAUCAGGAUGUAUUUUCUUGUAGUCACAUAAUGCCAUCAAACGGGGGAAUAUUACUCAUAACUAGUGAUUUCCAGAAAUUAAGUCGUAUUUAAGAAUAUAAUUUGCUGUUCAAAUUCAUAAUAAACGUGGACUUGCAUGUGAACCUCUAUCUUAAUCAUCUUUUUCAUAAUUACCAGUUCAUCGUUUAAAUGAACUGCUUGCGGUAGGCUCUAACCUGCUGUCGUAUAAGGCACGGGGUGGGAGUGAAUAAAUAAUUUGGGUUUAAUGCCACUUUCAACACAAUAUCGUAUAUACCACGGUCACGGGGAGAUGCAGUUACAUUUCUUUACUUACAUUAUCAAGGCAAGACCUGACAUGUUUGUAAAAUUGAGAUAUCACGUAUGGUAACCGUAAUAAUCAAAUGCAAAGACUGUUCAAUUGUUCAAAUGCAAAAUCAAUGGAGAUAGCUACCAUAUACGGCCAUUAUGUCAGAGCACAAGAGGACUUAUGGCAUUCAUGCUUCCUGCAUGAUUCCCAGUAGGAAUAUUUCACUAUUGUACAGAACGGAUCUGUGUCAUAUCGCGCAGAGAACAAGAUAUUUAUGAUUAUUAAAAGGACUGCAAAACAAUAACAUCAUUUGGUGUCAACUUCACACUAAUUUAAUAUGUCGAUGCAAAAUAAUACCAAGUCUUUCUUAUCCUCGGAGACAAAUGCUUUUGGUUUAAAGGCAAAAUAACUGUGAAUAUAACGCAUGGACCACUGAAGGGUGACUGAUAACACCAGGUGUUAGCGGAAAGGUGACUCAAUUCCUGACCCACUGGUAAAGCUGCAGCUGGAACUUGCGGGAUGCUACUCGACAUGGAGGGAACUACUUCUGGAAAAUUGUUGUUAUCCGACUUAGUCCUCAGGAUAGUUUAUAGUCAAGACAACGCUCGAUAUUGACUUGAGAUAAACAAUUCACCUGUUCAGACAUGUACUAAUACAAUUUGUAUAUCAGAGAGUGAUCUUUUUAUACACUUGACAAUUGUUUUGAAAAAACCCCUUCGCAUACAACUAUUUUACCAAUUGUGCAUAAUGUGUUUUAGAAAGUUCAUCCUUUUCAGGUUCUGCUGAAAUCAUCCCACUCGUCAAACAGUCACGUGGAGAGGCCUGUACAACCCCAAUAUGUAAAAUCAUCUUUUACAUAUUGCGUAUAUAUUUACGUUUUGCGUUAAGUUGUUACAUAUUGCGUUAGUUUUUACAUAUUGUCUUGAUUUUACUUAUUGGGGUUGUACAAGGCUUCUGUGUCACUCUGAAUCUUUAAUGCAUUGAUCUAAAUAUGAAACAGGUACAGCCGGUUGUAUUGUGAAACGGCCAUGUAGCGGUAAUAUUGCUGAGUGCGGUGUAAACCUAAUGUCACUCACUCACUCUGUUGUCAGCACACUUGCUGUUUAUUCCCAAUUACUACUAUGACCCUUUUCUUGUAACAUCAAUAUAAAUCUCAUGUUUUAUUGUGUGUCAGCAGGAAUGCCUUCACCAUUUCUGAGAACUGUAAGAAACAGAGGCCUAGUUUCAUUCUACUUUAGCAUACAUUUCUUAGAAAGACUGGGGCUGUAUCUUACUGCCAACAAUAAACAUGAUCUAACGUGC